UUUUUCUUCAGGUCUCACGAUGAUGAUGCACGGACAUUUCCCAGUUUAGAGCAGGCUUGAACGGCCUGACGUCUCUCCCGCUUUCAAAGCCUCUAACACGAAAAGGUACAUGGUGGGACUAAAUAAUGCUUUUCUCUGAUUGGAACGAUGUGGAUAGGAUAGUAAUCAUGACAAUCCUUUUGAUUGAAUGAGAGGAAUAAAGCCCAGCUGUGCAUUGGAUCCCACUGGAUUAGCGAAUAAACAUAGACCAUGCAUUCUUAUAUUGAACAUUUGCUUUGCUAUUUACAUCUUGUUCAACAUGCAUUCAGAUGAUGACAGUGACUCUUCAUAGAAAGUGAACACUUAAACCGUAGACAGUGAGCGUCAAACAUUAUGUCUGAAGAACUGACAAAACUCGCCAAAUUGGCAAACAGCGCCGCGGGGGACAGCGACCUGGAGCUAAAGCUCAACACCUCGCUCGCCUCGCCCAAGAUGAGGGCGCUACACCUGAAGGAUGAGAUCGGGCCGCUCGGACCUCCGCAGGGUCCGCCUCCGGGGCCGGGGCCGGGGCCAGGCGGGAUGAAGAUGGAGGACAAGAUACCAAUGAAGAUGGAGUUGGGGGGUAAGAACUCGUCGCAGCAGGGGAUGAUGAGAAUGGACCACAUGAAAGGAGGAGGAGGAGGGAUGGAUGGGGUCGUUGGCAUGGUGAUGAAGAAGGAAGAGGAUGAUUCAGUGUUUCUCCGGGAUGGGCAGAUGAACCAGAUCAACAAUCAGAUGAAUAAUCAGAUGAUGAGCAAUGGACCUCAAGAUGAUAAAGGUAUGAACAUGCUUCAUCGGCAGGUCGGGGGCUACCCCCAGCAUCCCAACUUCACCAUGCAAGACUCCCAGCACAUCUACACCUUCUCCACCCUGCUAGCCAACCGGGCAGCUCAGGCCGUCUACACGGGUCAGACCGACUCUAUCCUGGCCUACCAUAGGGUACAGUCCUGCAAGAGGAAAUUCCUGGAUCCAGAAGAGGAUACCGGCGCAGCUCCCAACCACACUGGAAACACAGGUCCAGGCACACCACAACAGAACAAUACACCACAAUCAGUGGAUGGGACAAUACAAAGUGCCAAUGGCCAGAAUGGCAAGCCGGGAUCCAUUGAUAGUAGUAUGGAUGGUGCUAGGAAAAGCAUUGAUGGUAUGAAGGGAAAGAACCCAGGAACACCACAAAGUGUCCAGGAAGGGGUAGAAGGGAGUGAGAACUCAAGGAAGACACCGCAAGAGGGCGGCACGGGGGGAGGGGGUACAACCACGACCAAAGGCAACAAGAAACGCAAGAGACCAAAUUCGUCGUCGCAACCGCUUCAGGCGAACCUUCAAGGUGGUGGCCCUGGGGGACCGAUGCAACAGGGGAUGCCACCGAGCGGGCCGAGCUUUGGACCGUAUGGACCAGGCGCGUAUCGACCUGGGUUCCCGCCACAGAAUAUGCCGAUGCGCCCGCCCAUGUCGUCCCAGUCGUUCCACAAUCAACCCUCCACGACAGAAACCGAGAACCUUGAUCCCAGCGCGUUGUGGGAGAAUCCACCCAACGUGAAAAAGACAAUGACCACCACCAUGGCGCCGUCCUUCCCACCCGAUAUGUCCCACCCGUCACCGAUGAGGAUGGCAUCACCUAACCCCGCCAUGAGGUCGCCCAGUGCAGGACUCAUCCUUGGGAACGAUAACAUGGUGUCACCAGGCAUGCAAGGUGGUCCGCGCCCGUUCAUGAGUCCAUCGCAUCCCUCGCAGUCGCUCCCCGCGUCGCCGGUCAACCCGUACGACAUGCCUAACUACAAGCCACCGCAGCAGAUCGAUAACCCCACGCCGGAGCAGUUGCGGCAUCGGCAAGAGCGGCUGAGGACUCUCAAGGAGAUGCAGAAGCUGCUCUUCCCAGAGGAACAUGGCAGUAUGUCUCCAUCCCCUGGGCGAAUGAUGUCACCCCUCGGUAUGCCUCCUCAACCGCAAGACCCCAUGGGACAACCUCAAGGCAUGAUGUCUCCAGGUGGGGGUCCUAUGAUGCGCCCCAUGGGUCCGAGCGGUCCCAUGAUGGGCCCAGGUGGACCGGGGGGUCCACACCCUAUGAUGCACCAGGGUAUGGGUCCUGGGAUGCACCCCCGUAUGCCCGCCCAGGAUGGUAUGAGGGGCAUCAGUCCAGACCAACGCAUGAUGAUGGCCAACUCUGGUAUGAUGAUGCCCCCACUACCUCCUGAUUGGGAAAACAUGUCUCCUGCUCAACGGGAGUGGUACAAACUACAGCAAGAAUUCUACCUCGACAAACGACGCAAGAUGAUGGACGACCAGGGCAAGAUGCAGGGCCGCAUGUCAGAUUUUCCACCGGGGGGCAUGGGUCCGGGGCACGGACCAGGUGGUCCGAUGCGAGGAGAACCGAUGAUGAGUCCGCACCAUCCGGGCAGUGGGGGAUUCCCCGGGGACGUAAUGGGCAUGAACAUGGGCCCGCCUCCGCCUUAUCCAGCAGGACCAGGACAAAUGGUCGGGGGACCUCCAGGACCAGGUCCCAUUCCGCACGGCAUGCAGAGGAGAGCUAGUAUGUCAGGGCCGAUGCCGCCAAUGGGACCGGGUGGACCAGGUCCGGGGAUGGUAGGUGGACCAGGAGGGCCAGGCGGGCCAGGUGGGCCAGGUGGGCCACCAGGACCAGGAGGAAUGGGCGGCCAGAAUGCACCCUUCCCGAUGUCACCGCAUAUGCCAUCGCCACGCACGAACCGCUCCAGCUCGGUGCCUGGAAUGCCCAGUGGAGCAUCGCAGCCUCCGAUGAGUGCAGGACCUGGACCCAUGAAUCCAAACAGCAUGCCUCCAGGGCCACAGCCUGGUCCAGGUCCUGUCAAUUCUGCAAGCUCAAUGUCCAUGGCCAACACCAUGUCACCUCACGCACCUGUUGGUAGUCCGAUGAAACCAGUCUACAGGGCUCCUACCCCAACCAGUGUAAACACAUCGGCUAACCAACAACCCCAGCAGAACACCGAUCCCAUUAUGAGCUCCAUGGUGCGAACGCCGGGAAGCGUUGGCCCCUUGGAACAGUCACCAAGGCCUAAUCAAGGCCCAGGUACCCCUGCUGCUAUGGAUAAUCCUGUAGUCCUGCCAAACGUCUCAUCGGUCAACACUCCUAAUACCUCCCAGCCUGGAACUCCAAACUCUGUCGUAAACAGCACGAUGUCAACAUCAUCUGUACUGCCUCCUACAACAGCUCAUAGUAAAGGGGCGCAGAGUAAUGCAACAAGUGGGAAUAGUAACGUUGGAAGUGCGCCACCUCCCCCAACCUCGAGUAUUACCAGUGCGCCAACCCCUAGCAGUUCUGCAGGAAGCACAACCACAACAGCAAGUGAUGCCGGGAAGCCCAUGGAUGUCCAAUCCCAGCAGCGUCUUGUCAACUUUCCUCCCAGCCAACUGAACCGAGACAAAGCGCCAAAUUUCCCGCCGCGUGGUGAAGACCUGCAGCAGUACGCGUCGACGUUCUACCAAAAGACUCUUAAAGAGCCGCCCAUGAAAGGCCCAGGGCGGUUACAGCAUUUUGGGUCACCACCAAUGAACAGUCCAAUCAACGCAGACAUGCCGACCAUUGGCUCACCAUCGAGUGGGAUCAUGUCUCCAGGCGUGAUGAUGACAUCGCAGUCUGGGAUGAUGCCUCCAGGUGGGAUGCCUCCAGGUGGGAUGCCGCCGGGUGGAAUGCCAGCCCAAAGCGGAAUGAUGCCUCAUGGUAUGGAAGGAGGACAAGGACCUCCACCUUCACAGCAGGGUGGUCCUAUGAUGGGCCCAGGACAUAGUCCCAGUGGGCCAGUGAUGGGUGGACCAGGACCACCACCUGUCUCGGCCUCUAUGAUGAAUCCCCGUAUGGCAGGACCGCAGCAGAGCAUGCAGUCUCCUAUGAUGCAGCAGGGUCCAGGACCCAUGAUGACAUCAGCGCGGAUGCAACAGCCUGGCGGGAUGAUGUCGCCCCAGAACAGCAUGAUGCCUCAUAACAUGCCAUCGGGCAUGAUGUCCCCCACCAUGGGCCCGGUCGACAUGAUGGGACCGCAGGGAAUCCCGAUGUCUCGCGAGCAACAGAUGAUCAUGAGACAGUCGCGUAUGAUGUCCCAAGGCCACCCUAUGAUGGACGGUGGCCCUGUGCCGAUGCCGGGAGGUCCGGGCAUGAUGAUGCCUCAUCCGAUGGAUCGCGGAAUGAUGCAGGGUAUGAACAACUUUGAACCUGGCAUGAGUCCAGGGAUGCAUCCCAACAUGAUGAGAUUCUCAGGGCCUCGAGGGAUGCCUCAUAGUGGGUUCAUGGAAGGUGGUGGCAUGCCCUCAGGCCCCGGUAGGACUAACAUGCCACACCCUGGUAUGAUGGGUAUGGGAAUGGGUCAGGGUGGGCCUGAGAUGGGCGUCAUGGGGGGAAUGGAGCGCAACAUGGGCCCCGCGACAUCGGGCGGACAAGCCAACAGUCCUCUUUCGUUAUUACAAAGUAGAUUCUCCCCGCCGUUAUUACCGGACGGAAAAGGACCAAAACAAACACUUCAGUAUUUCCCAGCGAACACUAAUCAAGGCGGUGGACAGGGCCAAACGGGCAACCCGCAUGUGAAUCCUGGUCCCGGGCCAACCCCGGGGCAGGGGCCCAAACAAAUAGAGCUUCCGUUCCCAGUGGAGAUGGUCACCGGGGGUAUGAACCCCGGGACCAUGAACCCGUCGUUCUCGCGCGGACCUGGUCCGAUGGCACCUGGCCCUCGGAUGUCACCAAUGAUGAACCAGGAGAUGAUGAUGCAUCAGGGUUACGGUAUGGGGCCUGGAGGCGGGCCAAACCCAGGCGGCCCUCGGGGCCAGGUACCAGGUCCCAAUCACAUGGGUUACAUGGGACCUAGGGGCAUGCCAGGAUAUGGGGGGAUGAACCCAGGAGGACCAAUGGGCCCGGGUGGAUCACCCUACGGGGACCCGAACUUUGGACCCAUGGGCCCAGAUCCAAUGGGUCCCAAUUUUAACAUGCCAAAGUAAAAAAAAAAAAAAAAGAGUCAUAUUAUGAUGAAUGUAUAACAGUGUCAACCAAAUGCUUGUAAUAUGUACAAAUGGUCAUUUUAAUAUUGUUGUGAAAUAUGCAGGGUAGGUCUGCUAAUGGAACCCUGCGUUGUUGUUCAAAUUGGAUCAUGUCACUGAUGAACUAGCUCCAAGCAUUGUAAGACAUGCCGUUAAGAUGUGGCAAGUCAAUUUCUUUGGAAGUAUUCACUUUUUGUUGGACUGUAUCGAGCCUAAAAUGUAAAUUAAAUUUGUUUUGAUCUGUAUGAAUGUUCGUCAAUCGCGCUCGAUGGAAUAUUAAAUCACAUUCUUCUACCUUAAGUUUUUAUCUAUGGGAUCUAUGUUCUGAUAGUGAAGACCUGUUCCCUUAUAACACAACAACCGCCUUAAGAGAAAAGAAAUAUGAGAAGAAAAAAAAACGCUGCACAGAUUAAAAACAUUUUACAUUCAAGGGAAGAGCUGGCAGGGGCUUAAAAUGGGAUCCGUUCUCGGCAAAAGCCCAUAAGCAUAUAGUUGUGUACUUGGUGGUUCAAGACAUGGGAAUUAGAAACGCACAACACUCACGUCAUGUUACACAGGUUUUUUGAGGUGGUGUGAAUGAGCCCCUUAAAGAGAAAAACGUAACUGAAAACAAUAAAGGGAUUCUGUGAUGAAUGCAGUUUGAAAUAAGUUAUGAAUUGAAAGCUCACCAGUACGAGGAGUUACAUUAUUUGAAGAAGAUUCAAUUUCUGUUUUUGUUUGAAGUCACUCAAAGCAUUAUAUCCUCUUGUAGAAACGUAAUGUGAACACUUUAUUUUUUAUUUUUGUCAUUCCCUUCAAGAGGCUGCUAUGAAAUUGAACCCCUCCAAAUUUAAAUGGAAGAGUCCUUGUUAGUUUUGAAAAUCUUCUUCAUGUAGAAAAAACAAAUCUUGAUAGAGGUUUAAGUUUAAAAUAGCAAUGCAGAAAUUAAAUUAUUUCCUUUUCUUUUCCACAUUAAGAGGGCACAUUAAGAGGGCAAAAUGAACGAAUGUCUGGGGUAAUCCUCCAUUUUGAGCCAUUGGGAACCUCAACUCUUUGUCAAAUGAGUGGAGACUCAACGCCCUUAUAACGCCAAACAGAAGAAAUAGAAUUAAGUGUGAAAGGACCAAAUUGUAGUGUGAAUGUCACCUAACCCAAGGAUACCCUGUUUACUUUUCUCAUUCCCCUAAUGUGUGUCGUAAAACCUGUCUAGAAAGGCCACCUGUUGACAGUGGUCAGUUUUCCUGUUUCUCACCGGGUGGCCUUACUAGACAGGUUGGAUUGUAUAAUUCUGUCCUUGUCAAAUUAUUAGAGGUAUUCCAAAAUUGGGCUCAACCAAGUAGUUGGCGAAGAACACCAUGUUGCGUUCUUUUGAAGGUAAGAUUAUAACUUGAAAACUUUUUUUUGAACCGUUGGUAUUUAUUUUCUACAACAAAUACAAUGUGACACAAUGAGAUUAUUUGUGUGGCAUAUUAUAAAGAGUUGAUAAUGGUGAUUAAUUCUGGGUUCUUGUAAAGAAACUUUAGUAUUUUCAAGAGAAAUUGCAUCCUGAGGUGUUGAUCCGAACAUGUUACGUUUAGAACAACACGAUCUUGGAGAAUAUGAAAUGUCUUUUAAAAACAAUAAACACUAAAAAAAAAAUACACCAAGAA